GGCUCUGGGACCACUUCCUCCUUCCUUCCUCUGAAGCCGGGAGCAGGCUUACUGAGCCCUCUGGAAAGACCAGAGCACAUUCCAGGAUGCCUUAGCCCCUCCGUGACCCCAGGUGGGGGUGGCUGAGGGUGCUGAUUGGAGGCCUCCGUCCCUGCUUCAGGGGUGGCUGGGGACCACUGUGGAGGCCUGCAGAAUGGAGGGAGAAAGUAAGAAGCUGGCAUCUGUGUCCAAUCUGGUGACUGUGUUUGAGAACAGCAGGACUCCAGGAGCAGCAUCCAGAGUCUGCAAGCUGGAGAUUGAACAUUGCCACCCUGGGUGCAGGCAUCCCCCACCUGCAGAGCCGUGGAAGGAGCCCAACCUUGGGGAGACCUUUGAGGGGUCCGAGCCCAGGACGGUCAGCAGGAGGUACCUGAGCUCCCUGAAGAACAAGCUGUCCAGUGGGGCCUGGAGGAAAUCUUGCCAGCCUGGGACCCACCCUGGGCCAGGGAUGCAGGAGCCUGAGGAAAAGAAGAUCGUCCAGGAGCUCCUGGAGACAGAGAAGGCCUAUGUGGCACGCCUCCAUCUACUAGACCAGGUCAGUGGUCAGAACACCACCCUAUCCUGCCCCGAGCCUCAGCACCCAGGUCUCCUCACCCCACCUCUGUUGUCCCUUCUGUACGCCUCACCGGCGCUGAGAUCAACAGAGGAGGUCCUCAGGCUGAAGGCAGUACCUGGGUGGCCUUGUUGCAGGACCGCCACCCCCCGCAUCGGGGACGUGAUCCAGAAACUGGCUCCAUUCCUGAAGAUGUACAGUGAGUAUGUCAAGAACUUUGAGCGAGCGGUUGAGCUGCUGGCCACCUGGACUGACAAGUCUGCACCCUUCCAGGAGGUGAUCACCCGCAUUCAGAGCAGUGAGGCCUCCGGCAGCCUGACUCUGCAACACCACAUGCUGGAACCUGUGCAGAGAAUCCCACGCUACGAGCUACUGCUCAAGGAGUACGUCCAGAAGCUGCCAGCCCAGGCCCCAGACCGGGCUGAUGCUCAGAAAGCGCUCGACAUGAUCUUCUCAGCCGCUCAGCACUCCAACGCAGCCAUCACGGAGAUGGAGCGCCUGCAGGACCUGUGGGACGUGUACCAGCGCCUGGGUCUCGAGGACGACAUAGUGGACCCCUCCAACACCCUGCUCCGCGAAGGCCCAGUCCUCAAAAUCUCCUUUCGCCGCAGCGACCCCAUGGAGCGCUACCUUUUCUUGUUCAACAAUAUGCUGCUCUACUGUAUACCCAAGGUCAUCCAGGUGGGCGCCCAGUUCCAGGUGAGGACCCGCAUCGACGUGGCCGGAAUGAAGGUGAGAGGCACCCCGCCCACUGUCAGGCUUCAUCCCGAGGGUGGGCUCAAGUAUGGGGAAUAGAAGCAGGGUCCGUGCUGGGUUCUCAAUCCAGGAACCUAAAUCUGGCAGAUCCUGGGCCAACAUGGAGGUGGAAACCUUUGGGACUGGAGUUCUCCCAUGUGGGCACCCACAGGCCUGGCCCACUCUUUGGGGCAGCGCCCACCCCGACCUGGCCUCUCUCUGCUUUCCCUCUCCACUACCCCAGUGCUUUGACAACUUUAAUAUGUGCAUGAGGCCCCUGGGAGUCUUGUUAAAAUGCAGGUCCUGAUUCAGUAGGUCUGGGGCGGGGCCUGAAACUCUGCAUUGCUAACCAGCUCCCAGGGCACACUUGGAGUAGUAAGGGGCUACCCUGUCAGUUCCACCGCAGGACCCUGUGUGUCGCCAGCCAGAAAUGGCUACAAAUGAGUGGGGACAGCAGCCCAUAAUAGUGCCCACUGACUGGCUGGUCCCUGUGGAUCGGGCCCUGCAUCACCCCAUCAGACUCUCAUGUAUCCCUAUAGUGGAGGGGCUGUUAUUUUCCUUUGCAUUUUGGGUUUUUUUUUCUUCUUUUAAAAACAACACUUUUGUUACUUAAGAACAUAGAUGAUACACAUCCCCAAAUCAAAUAUAAAAAGUGUAUACAAUGAGAAGUCUCCUCCCCACUCUAUCCCCUCG